GCCGUAAAGACACAGCGGGGCAGGUAACAAGGUUGGCGGCGGCGGUGGCGGUGGCGGUGGGUGGGGAGCCCCCGCCUGGUCGCGCAGGACGCAAACACAUGGACCCUCAGAAAGGAGCCACAGCAGAGGUGCAUCUCAACUUUACACUUAUUUUAUUUCAAUAAAAGGGCCUUUCCCCCUACCUCAAACCGCCCGUGUGUUCUGGGGCGGAAGGCCUCCAACCUUUUCUCCCGCGACCCCCAGUCAAUUCAGAGUCUUUCUGAAGCUCCCUUUGCUGUCUACAGGCUCGACCCCCGAGGUGACGUGGAAGACCCAGCCGUCUCUCUCGGGGGGGCUGAGACGUGGGACUGACCGAGCUCACCCCCUUCAAACCCCGGGAGACCGCGCGCCCCGCUGAGCCCGGAGGGGGCGGGACUUCGGGGCGGUUUCUGCGCGAAGGAGGCGGAGUCGCGGCCGCCCGUCUGCGCUGUCAUUGGCCGCGGGCCCCAGACUGGCGGGCUCACGUCACGGACCGGGCCCACCCCCUUGGCAAUGUCUUCAGCUUGCUGCACUCCUAACUUAAGCAUUUAUUCCACUGGGAUAGAAGCGGCAGGAGCAGCGUUGGCACCAGCGAACCAUGGCUGGAAUUUUCUAUUUCGUUCUCUUUUCGUUUUUCUUUGGGAUUUGCGACGCUGUCACCGGUUCCAGAGUGUACCCCGCGAAUGAAGUUACUUUAUUGGAUUCCAGAUCUGUUCAGGGAGAACUUGGGUGGAUAGCAAGCCCUCUGGAAGGAGGGUGGGAGGAAGUGAGUAUUAUGGAUGAAAAAAAUACACCAAUCCGAACCUACCAAGUGUGCAACGUCAUGGAGCCCAGCCAGAAUAACUGGCUGCGAACUGACUGGAUCACCAGAGAAGGAGCUCAGAGGGUGUACAUAGAGAUCAAGUUCACCCUGAGAGACUGCAACAGUCUCCCGGGGGUCAUGGGCACCUGCAAGGAGACCUUUAACCUGUACUACUAUGAAUCUGACAACGAUAAAGAGCGUUUCAUCCGGGAGAGCCAGUUUGCCAAAAUCGACACCAUCGCGGCUGACGAGAGCUUCACCCAAGUGGACAUUGGUGACAGAAUCAUGAAGCUGAACACCGAGGUCCGGGAUGUGGGGCCGUUGAGCAAGAAAGGGUUUUACCUGGCUUUUCAGGAUGUGGGGGCCUGCAUCGCCCUGGUGUCGGUCCGCGUGUUCUAUAAAAAGUGUCCGCUUACAGUUCGCAAUCUGGCCCAGUUUCCAGACACCAUCACAGGGGCUGAUACAUCUUCCCUGGUGGAAGUUCGAGGCUCUUGUGUCAACAACUCAGAAGAGAAGGAUGUGCCAAAAAUGUACUGUGGGGCAGAUGGUGAGUGGCUGGUACCCAUUGGCAACUGCCUGUGCAAUGCUGGGCACGAGGAGCGGAGUGGAGAAUGCCAAGCUUGCAAAAUUGGAUAUUACAAGGCUCUCUCCACAGAUGCCACCUGUGCCAAGUGCCCACCCCACAGCUACUCUGUCUGGGAAGGAGCCACCUCGUGCACCUGUGACCGAGGCUUUUUCAGGGCUGACAAUGAUGCGGCCUCCAUGCCCUGCACCCGCCCGCCAUCUGCUCCCCUCAACUUGAUUUCAAAUGUCAACGAGACAUCCGUGAACUUGGAAUGGAGCAGUCCUCAGAACACAGGAGGUCGUCAGGACAUCUCCUACAACGUGGUGUGCAAGAAAUGUGGAGCUGGUGACCCCAGCAAGUGUAGACCCUGUGGGAGUGGGGUCCACUACACCCCGCAGCAGAAUGGCCUGAAGACCACCAGAGUCUCCAUCACUGACCUUCUGGCUCACACCAAUUACACGUUUGAAAUCUGGGCAGUGAAUGGAGUGUCCAAGUAUAACCCUAGCCCGGACCAAUCAGUUUCCGUCACUGUGACAACAAACCAAGCAGCACCAUCAUCCAUUGCUUUGGUCCAGGCUAAAGAGGUGACAAGAUAUAGUGUGGCCCUGGCUUGGUUGGAACCAGAUCGGCCCAAUGGGGUAAUCUUGGAGUAUGAAGUGAAGUAUUAUGAGAAGGAUCAGAAUGAGCGAAGCUAUCGCAUAGUUCGGACAGCUGCCAGGAACACGGAUAUCAAAGGCCUGAACCCUCUGACUUCCUACGUUUUCCAUGUGCGAGCCCGGACAGCAGCUGGCUAUGGGGACUUCAGCGAGCCCUUGGAGGUCACAACUAACACAGUGCCUUCCCGGAUCAUCGGAGAUGGGGCCAACUCCACAGUCCUUCUGGUUUCUGUCUCAGGCAGCGUGGUGCUGGUGGUCAUUCUCAUAGCAGCGUUUGUCAUCAGCCGGAGACGGAGUAAAUACAGUAAAGCAAAACAGGAAGCAGAUGAAGAGAAACAUUUGAAUCAAGGUGUUAGAACUUAUGUGGACCCUUUUACAUAUGAAGAUCCCAACCAAGCAGUCCGAGAAUUUGCCAAAGAAAUUGAUGCAUCCUGCAUUAAGAUUGAAAAAGUUAUAGGAGUUGGUGAAUUUGGUGAAGUGUGCAGUGGGCGUCUCAAAGUGCCUGGCAAGAGAGAGAUUUGUGUGGCCAUCAAGACUCUGAAAGCUGGUUACACAGACAAACAGCGCAGGGACUUCCUGAGUGAAGCCAGCAUCAUGGGACAGUUUGAUCACCCAAACAUCAUUCACUUGGAAGGUGUCGUCACAAAAUGUAAACCAGUAAUGAUCAUAACAGAGUACAUGGAGAAUGGCUCCUUGGAUGCAUUCCUAAGGAAGAAUGAUGGCAGGUUUACAGUCAUUCAGCUGGUGGGCAUGCUUCGUGGCAUUGGGUCCGGAAUGAAGUAUUUAUCGGAUAUGAGCUAUGUGCAUCGUGAUCUGGCCGCAAGGAACAUCCUGGUAAAUAGCAACUUGGUCUGCAAAGUGUCUGAUUUUGGCAUGUCCCGCGUGCUUGAGGAUGAUCCAGAAGCAGCUUAUACGACCAGGGGUGGCAAGAUUCCUAUCCGGUGGACCGCGCCAGAAGCAAUUGCCUAUCGUAAAUUCACAUCAGCAAGUGAUGUAUGGAGCUAUGGAAUCGUUAUGUGGGAAGUGAUGUCGUAUGGAGAAAGACCCUAUUGGGAUAUGUCCAAUCAAGACGUGAUUAAAGCCAUCGAGGAAGGCUAUCGGCUACCCCCGCCAAUGGACUGCCCCAUUGCACUCCACCAGCUGAUGCUGGACUGCUGGCAGAAGGAGAGGAGUGACAGGCCCAAAUUCGGGCAGAUUGUCAACAUGUUGGACAAACUCAUCCGCAACCCCAACAGCUUGAAGAGGACAGGGACGGAGAGUUCCAGACCUAACACGGCCCUGCUGGAUCCAAGCUCUCCUGAAUUCUCUGCAGUGGUCUCAGUGGGUGACUGGCUCCAGGCCAUUAAAAUGGAUCGAUAUAAGGAUAACUUCACAGCUGCUGGUUAUACCACACUAGAGGCUGUGGUGCACGUGAACCAGGAUGACCUGGCGAGGAUCGGCAUCACAGCCAUUACGCACCAGAAUAAGAUUUUGAGCAGCAUCCAGGCAAUGCGGACCCAAAUGCAGCAGCUGCACGGCAGAAUGGUUCCUGUCUGAGCCAGUACUGAAUAAACUCAAAACUCUUGAAAUUAGUUUACCUCAUCCAUGCACUUUAAUUGAAGAACUGCACUUUUUUUACUUCGUCUUCGCCCUCUGAAAUUAAAGGAAAAAAAUCUGCAGCAUUGCUAGGUGUACAGAUUGCUGAAACUGUGGGGUUUAUAGACAUGACAGCCGGUCAUUUGGAUUUAGACUUGGAAGGAAUUGUUUCUCAGAAGUACUCUGUCCGCCACCCAUCUGUAAAAUACAUGUACCUAUAGAAAUAGAACACUGCCUCCGAGUUUUGAUGCUGUAUUUGCUGUCAGACACUGAGCUUCUCUGAGACAUCGCUCAUCCUCUUUCUAUUUGGAAUUACAACAGUAGCAUUUUUGCUUGUGGUAUAAAUUACAGUCAUUUCUCUUUCACUGGAAUGAAGACCAUGCCCAGAACAGUUUUGAAGGAUUCAGCUGUGGCUUUUAGGGCUUGGUUCAUACCGUGGAAAAAAAUACUGGUGAAAAACACACGGCCCAUCGGUGUUGCCACUUCUGUGGUGAGGCCACCAGGUGGAUUACUACGACAUGGGGGUCUGCAAAGAAAAAGAAAGUGGAUUAAUUAAAAAGUGGAUUAAAAAAUUCAAAACUCCAAGCCCCAUAACUCCUAACUGUACAAAUGAGGUCUGUUUUUCGGGGCUUGAGGUGUGCCAUAUAAAGUCUUAUUUGGGGGACUCUACAAAUUUAUCAUAACUACCUUCUGGAUAGUGGGCUGAGACAAUCUUGACUAGGGAACUUUCACACUUUCCUUCUUUUAAAGAAGCAGCCCCAAGUAUGUAAGGGAGUAGAUUCUGCUAUCUUGGCCUCACAGCCCUUCCUGUUGAUUACAAAGCCCAUGGAAGAAAACAGAACACGCCCUCCUCAGUUCCAUCUAAAUGUGUUUCUUCUGCUUCCAACAUCCCAGUUCUGGGGCAAAGACACUGAUGAAGCAACACCCGUACCUGGAGAGAACAAACGUGUGAUUUCAGGUCUCCUUUCCCAGUGAAAGAAACAGCAAAUGUUUAAGCUGCAGCAUCUGUUUUCCGGUUGCACUGAGGAAUGGACUGUCUCUCAGCACCAGCUCUGCAGAGCCCUUGCUCCCAAACUCUUUGCAGUUUUAUUUAUAUGUAUUUCCAUAUUUUAUUCCUGUAUGUCACUGCUGCAUUGGUGUGGCAGCAUGUGACCAAAGGCUACAGGUUUCACUAUGGACACCAGGCCAGGUGCCGCCAUGCAAACCAGCUCCUGAGAGCUGCCUAUGAUAUGCAUUGCUGAAGUAACAUUUUACCCAGGGUGUGCCAUUGCAGUGAUAUAAAUAUAUUUUUUUCCUAGACUAAA